AUGUUCUCUUCGCCACUGCAGCGCCAACGAGGCGGCAACCGUGCGAGAGAUCCCAAGGACGGCUAUGCCGAAGACUUCUUCAGAAAGUCCAAGUCCAGCGAUGACGAGCUGCCAGAUCGCGCAGACAGGUGCGAGUCCGAAGAAGACAGCGAUGCGGAAGUCGACCAGAAGGUGCGCGAGACGGCUGGGUCCAAGCGUGAAUUGCGGUCUCUCAAGAAGCAGGUCGAGAAGGGCAAGGAUCCGAGUGGAAGCAUCGAGCGUCAACGCGAUACAAACAAGUCCGUCAACAAGAGCAAGGCGGCCACUCAGCAAACGACUCCCACCAGACAAUCAACACGACAAGUCUUCGGAAUGUUUGGCAGUAGCGCAGGCAAGACAGGAGCGCAGAGGCGCGGGCGGAUCGAAGAGGACGAAUCUCCAUCGAGACGAACUGCAGACCAUCUUCAGGGACUCAUAGGAUCUGCCGCGGAAGAAGACGACCUCGAUGCUGCGGCACCGGAGAACACUACGACUCCUCUUGGGAAUUUCCUCAAAGGCAAACUGCAGAGCGCAGAGCAAGCUCAGCCAGGCGAAGAAGCUGAGAGCAGUCCAGACCCGAUCGCCGAGCCUGUCGACAGCGUUCGAGAGAGCAUCGGAAGCGCAAACCAGAGCAAGGCCAAGACCAAAUCGCGCGGCCGCCACAACUCCAUGGCUCGUCCGGCUUCUCGCUCGCUUCUGAAGCAGCAGCUGAAGGACCAGGACAAAGAGAAGAUGGAUCUUCGUCGCUCCAGCCGCAACCCAGGCGCGAGUGGUCCAUUUUAUGGCCGCAUUGCCUCCACCAACGCCUCGAUCAAUAAGAAGGCUUCAGGCCAUGCGAAGAAGACAUCGGGCAAAGUCAAGGAGCCCGAAGACUUCUCGGUGUGGACGGACUGGAGCGAGAAGUACGACGCAGGCAAGGUGUUGGUCGACCUUAGAGGCAUCGAUCCGAAGCAGUAUGCGCGGUACUGA